AUGGAAACCGUUAAACCCAAAUCAGCACUCAACAAUAGGAGUAAGAAACUGGCCAAGACGUUCCAGAAGGUGAUCAGCCUCCGAAGUGCAACCAAACUCGCUUCAAACAAUGGCAUUUGCAUGCUCAACUCCCACCUCAAAGUCAAGGAGGAUCUCUUCUCCGAGCAUCAGACCAAACCCCACCAAGGAAAUAGCAAAAAUAGAGCAGUUAUGGAGGCUCUCAUUGCAAGACUCUUCGCUGGGGUCACCACCAUCAAAGCAGCAUAUGCAGAACUCCAAAUGGCUCAGCACCCUUACAACAACCAGUCCAUUCAAGCCGCGGAUCAGGCCGUGGUGGAUGAACUCAGAGCCAUAUCAGAGUUGAAGCGCAGGUUCUUGAAAAAAGAGCUUGAUCUUUCACCCCAAGUAACCAUAAUGCUCGCGGAGAUUCAAGAACAGCAGAGCCUGAUGAAAACCUACGAAAUCACCAUCAAGAGGCUCGAAGCAGAGGUCGAUUUCAAGGACUCCAACAUUUUAUCGCUCAAAAAACACCUCGAUGACUGUGCUUCCUUCAACAAAUCACUUGAAAAGAAACUCAACUCGAGUGGCUCAUUGUCACUGUUCGAUAACCUCACGCAUCCAGCGUUGAGUCCAACUCACUUCGUCCAUUUUCUUCACCACGCUUUGCGAUCAGUUAGAAGCUUCUCCAAAUUGAUGAUGGGGGAGAUGGAGUCUGCUCAUUGGGAUCUAGAAGCAGCCGUCAAGUUCAUCCACCCAAAUGCAGCUUUCGCCAAACCAACUCACCAAAGCUUCGCAUUUGAAUCCUUUGUGUGCAUAACAAUGUUUGAAGGCUUCAACAAUCCAAACUUCAGCGUGCAAGAAGACCCACCUCAGAAACACUGGCACCAACAAGCACAAAACUUUUACUUUGACAAAUUCAAAAAGCUCAAGUCUCUGAACCCGAAACAGUACUUAACCCACAAUCCAAACUCCUCCUUCUCCAAGUUCCUGAAAUCCAAGUACCUUCAAGUGGUGCACGCCAAAAUGGAGUGUUCCUUGUUUGGCAACUUGAACCAGAGGAAGAUGGUGAACUCUGGAGGGUACCCAGAUUCUGCUUUCUUCAUCGCCUUUGCAGAGAUGGCAAAGCGCGUUUGGACCCUGCAUUAUUUGGCGCUAUCCUUUCAAGACGAUGUUACUGUUUUUCAGGUCAAGAAGAACACGAGGUUCUCUGAGGUGUACAUGGAAAGUAUCACAGAAGAACCUGUUUCAGCUUCGGGAGAAUCCUCUGAUUCCAAUUCGAGCGAUCUUAGGGUGGGUUUCACGGUGGUUCCGGGUUUCAAAAUCGGUAAGACAGUGAUUCAGAGUCAAGUUUACCUCUCUCUGGUGGGUUCUCCGGCAAGUUCCUAA